GGGGGCAGGAGCGGGAGGUCACAACCCUCGCGGUGGCUGGUGGCACGCCCGCGGCGCUGUGUCGACCGAGCCGCUAGAGGUGCAGUGGUCGCGCAGCUGAGCGGCGCGGAGGGGGGUAGUGGAGCCUACCUUUUUUUUCUGCGCUCUUUGUUCAGGCGCAUCUUGUCGUGUUGCGGCGGACAGCGGCGCAAGCGCAGCGCGGGCUGGGGACGUCCCCUGUGCUAUCGUUCAACCUUUGCGAUAAAGUGCCCAGGCGCGCGGCAGGGGUAGAGGCGGCUCCGGAUAUCGGUUUCCUCUUGUCUGUUGUGUUCUUCGCUCUCCACCCAUACUCACUCUGCGAGCGUCGUCUCUCCGGCAGAGCGUGCGUUCGCCCCCUUCCUCUCUCUCCUCUCUCCUUUCUGUUGCCAGAGCGAGCGAGGGAGUUAGAUUAGCAAUGGCGUUGCCUGGGCAGCAGGUUCCUGAGAACUGUCCGAGCUUCAAGCUGAUCAUCGUUGGUGAUGGGGGUACCGGGAAGACCACGUUCGUGAAGAGGCACCUGACGGGGGAGUUCGAGAAGAGGUAUGAGCCGACGAUUGGCGUGGAGGUGCAUCCUCUGGAUUUCUUCACGAAUCGCGGCCAGAUUCGUUUCUAUUGCUGGGACACUGCUGGACAGGAGAAGUUUGGCGGGCUGCGCGAUGGCUACUAUAUCCAUGGCAACUGCGCUAUCAUCAUGUUCGAUGUCACUUCGAGAUUGACAUACAAGAACGUGCCGACAUGGCAUCGUGACCUGUGCCGUGUGUGCGAGAACAUCCCGAUCGUGUUGUGUGGAAACAAGGUUGAUGUCAAGAACAGGCAGGUGAAAGCCAAGCAGGUCACUUUCCACAGGAAGAAGAACCUGCAGUACUACGAGAUUUCUGCCAAGAGCAACUACAACUUUGAAAAGCCUUUUCUGUACCUCGCCCGUAAGUUGACCGGUGACCCCAAUCUCCACUUUGUGGAAUCCCCGGCGCUUGCGCCCCCGGAGGUCACAAUCGACAUCGAGCAGCAGAACAAGUACGAGGCGGAAAUUGCUGCCGCCGCCGCACAGCCCCUGCCCGAUGAUGAGGAUGAGCUAUUGGACAGCUAGAUUAGGUUUACCUCUUUCUCCUUUUGUUCUUCAGUGUUAUUGUUUCUCCUCCUCUGUCCUUUUCGCCUAAUUGGGCUUUGAUUCCUUUCCUUUCUCCAUGAGUUAGGUUUGUCUUUGUCAAGUUGUCCUUUGUCUUUUGUAUUCUCUUCUACACUGUUAUGUACCCGACCCGUUUUCUUGUUCCACUCUUCUCUUGAUCUUCGUCGUUUGUCUCUUUCCUCAGACUUCGAUCCGGGUCUCUCGAGGGCGCGAUCGCGACCAGACCUGAAGAGGAAGCGGAUCCAGCACGAUGUGUGGGGACAUGGGUCAGUGGGCUUGGCCGAGGCGAAUGUGGUCGAGGUGGUAAUGGGGGGAAGAGGCGGUCGUCCUUUCUUUGCCAUGUGCGGGCUUCUAUCGAAGUGAUGAAUGCCGCCCCGCUGUUAAGGGUUCUCUUGGAGACUUCUCGCUGAGGUCAGGUGUUUUAAGGUGCCUCAUGGGGUGUGUUCUGUGAGACCCCUGGCUGAUGUCAGGUGCUUUAUUUUCUCUCAUCAGAGGAUGGGCGAUGUGGUGGUCCCGGUUUAUUUCCUACGUCGGCGCGUAGAAGCGAGAAGAAGCAGAGAUUGAGCAUCUACCAAUGAUCGCCCUGGCUUUCGACGUGAUCUUUGCUGUCUGAAUGCGUUUUGUUUUUGUCGUUCGGACCUAGUAGGUUAGGUUUCCUAUCAGUAACCGUUGUUGUUGAUUCAGCUUUCUUUGAACUCAUGUUGACAACAACAAGAAGUGCGACGAGCUCCGAACAGGUGUAAGAUUGGAGUUGUGUCUUUUGGAACUCGAAAAGUUUUGGAAAUCUCUGGACAAGUCCAGCUCUGUGCUGUUAUGUCGUUGAACGGUUGAUGAGGUGUUUGUGUGGGGUGAAUCUUUUGAGGAUGAUGACACGAUAUUGUCUCUGGGUUAUUGUUACUGCCGCGUUUUGUAAUUCUCGUUUUGCUGCUGGAUGUUCCUCUUCGUGUUGCGUCGACCCUUGGUAGUUUGCUGGAGAGUAGGGUCUGGAUACGGACUUGGGUCUUGGUUGGUCGUCGUUUCUCGUGUCAUGAGUGGAAGCGGCAGUCGCCUGUGCGAAGCAAGGGAUCUUAAUCGAGGGCUUCGACAUCCGAUGAGAAUCUCUUGUUGGAAGUUGGGAAGGAUUUUUCUGACUGAUUAACCACUCUAUUGGCCUGGUUUUUGUGAACCCAACCUCUUUGUUAAUCUCACUGAAGGAGUGAUCUUGUAGGACUCGGAUCUUCUUCAAUACGCAAGAUCUCUCUUCCCACGAUCCAGUCACGGGUGUCGUUGUGUUCACCUGUUCGUCUAUUGUCGGGUGUGUCAUCACACUAAUCAGUAAUCGUUAGGUCUUGGAUCUUGACAGGUGUGUUCUUUUUAUGUUUGGCCUGGCGUUCGUUGUGUAUACUAUGUGCACUAGCGCGUCAUCCUCAGUGUUCGUGAGCGCCGCUUUCUUGUUCGUCGGUUUGUCGUCAAUCGUCGCCGUUGAUAAUCUAUUGGUAUCCCUAAUCCUUAGUCUUCUAGGCAUGAUUCAAGUGGCUCUCUCGACGGAGAGACUUAAGUAACUUCCCGCGGGAAAGUGGUUCCCCCCGCUUUCGCCGCACGGAGAGACGAAAUGACUUUUUGGUAAGUGCUUCCCCACGCUUGGCCGCGAAGCUA